AUGGCAACCAAGCGAGCUCACGCGGCGCCGACGCCGGCCAUGGCCCUCGACCAUGUCCGCCUCUCCGUCGUCCAGUGCUUGGAGUCGCAUCACGACGUCACCGCCUUUCUGCGCGCUCUUCCAGCGUCCUCGCUUGAUGCGCCACUGACGGCGCUCAUGACGCUCUUGACCCAGUCGUGGACCUUCGUGGAGCACUGGCCGGAAAUCAUUCCCGACUUGCUCACCGCGAAGACAUUGGAGCUCGCCGUCACCGCCGUCACUGCGCUACCAGCAAUCUUCAUCUAUGACGACGUCAGGUUCCAGAAGCAUCAGUCCACCAUCGGCGCGCUCCAAUGGCUCGCCCACUUCACGCACCUCGGCAAGGUCAUCGAUCGCAGCAUGGUCGGCGACUUCAAAAGGCAUGUCAAGCACUAUGACCAACUUGAGAGCGUACAGGUAUACGUCGACGCCUUUGUCCAUCUGGCGCCGUCGCUCCCGCCGCGCCUCCGCCAUCUCACCUUCGUCCGCGACGAACUUGACGACGAUUCGGAAGGCUCAGAAGACUCAAAAGACUCGGAAGACUCGGAAGGCUCGGAAGACUCGGAAGGCUCGGAAGACUCGGAAGACUCGGAAGAGUCCGAAUCCGAAUCGGAGGACUUCGAAGAGUCAGAAGACGACAGCAAUGAGUUUGACGACGGCUCGACAACCUUCUGCCGCCAUCGCGACGACGUGUCCGAAGACUCGCAAGUCGACAGUCACGACGAGACCGUCAUCAACGCGAACCUCGCGACGGCCUUACAGCAAUGGCUCGGCAAUGGCAGAAGCCACAAGCACGUGACGUUCAACUGCGCGCUGACGAAGGGCGAUGCCGCAGCCGUCGCCGACGUGCUUGUAUCUUCUACGUUGAUUGCAACCCUCGAGAGCAACGGGGCCGGGGAGCUCGUUGAGGCUCUCCUCGCGCGUACCGAGCCGCUGCCGCACUUGACGGGGUUCAAAAUCACAGGCUCGUCGGUCGAUAACGCGAUGCAACUCGUGGCGCGUCUCGACGCCACCAGGCUCACGCAGCUCCAAGUCGGCCACAUGGCGGACCUCAGCUGGGUCCUGCCUUUGCUUCCGGCGAUGCCCAACCUCCAGGAGCUCUCGCUCAUCUAUGGUCAACUUGACGACGUUCCUCCCACGUUGACUGGCGCGACACCCCGUCUGCGCGCGCUGACCCUCCAAAAUGUCGACUUUUCGGACAAGGCGUUUGAUGCGAUCUUUCAGUGGACCUUGGGCUUGCAGCAGCUGCGACGCGUCAAGUGCGUUGGUAUUGCGAUCCUAGAUCAUCGGCUACCGACGCUCGCGACAACGUUGCGCCACUGGAUCCACACGACGGGCGUCACCACUGUCAAUCUGGUGCACUGCAAACUUGAACGAGCCAAUGUAAUUGCGUCGGUGCUCCAGAGCUCACCACGGUCGUCGGCACUCACGAGCUUGGACAUCGGCGACAUCGGCGACGACUUCGGUUGCCUUCACACGCUCAUCCAGUCGAUCGCCCAUCUUGUCAACACCACUGUCGAAGUCAUGUUCGUGAUGACCGCAAGGCAGUACAAAAGCAUCAAGACCACGGCGCUCUUGAACCAUGGCGUGACCGUCUUCCGUCCGAAUCGCAGCACCAAUUUAUACAACCUCCAUAGUCCUCGACGCCAAUCCAAUCAAAUGUACUAG